AUGGCGGAAGAUUCGCCGGAAAUUCAGGCCGCAUUGCGGGAUCUGGACCGGGAAUUCGAGGAGGGCGAUAUCACCCAGAAAGGGUACCAAAAGCGACGCACCCUCCUACUGUCGCAAUACUUCGGCCCUAAUAAACCACUCGAGGUGGUCAACCCCUCCGCGAAUAACGAUGAGCCACCGGCAGGCUUGCGCGCAGCUCCUCCAGCUAUCCUGAGUGUCCGACCACCGACAGCAGACUCAUCACACCCCAGCGUCAGGUCUCCAAACCCUCCCAGUAGGUACUCCAGCAGGGAAGGCGGAGGGCUUAUGUACAACCAUGAUGAGAGCAUGCAUCCACACAAAUCGUCUCCGGCUCCUGGUGAUGGCUAUGACAGGGACAAUCUAGGAGCAGGGCAGGUGCAUGAUCGGAUGCCGUCCGGCUCUUCGUAUGAUUCGCUUUUUCUUCCAAGACCUAUGCCCCCGGGAUCGCAGGGUCCAGAUGGCUCGAGGACAGCGACUUUGCUGAGCCAGAACUACGCUUUCAACCCUGAUGUUCAGCCAGAGUAUCAGCAAGAGUACCAACACGAUUACCAGCAGGAGUACCAACCUGAGUACCCAGAUGAUAGCAUGGGUGCAUAUGACCCGAAUUCUGCCGGAGUCACGCGACAAUCGACCAUGCUUGACUCGCAACAGGGAUUCUUCUCUGACUUUGCCGGCCAACACGAGGAUUACCGUGAUAGCUAUGGGGGUGGAUACCAUCGUUACUCCCAGUCAGGAGAGGCUUUCUCGCCUACCGUAAACAUGGUGCCUCCUCUUAUACCCUCCUCAGAACUGUCCCACGGACCAGCUAUUGAGCACCUAUUGCCUCUUGAACCUCGUGAUAUUCCUUUUUCGGUGAACGACCCGCAUGAUAAGAACAUCUCGAUGUCAAAUUUCGAUAACCUUCCUGCUGUCCUGCGCCAUCGUGCGCGAGUCCAUGCGAAGCAGCCCGCAUACUGGGUUUUGGAUCAGAAGGGCAAAGAGCUUGCCUCUAUCACAUGGGAUAAGUUAGCUAGUCGCGCCGAGAAGGUUGCGCAGGUAAUCCGUGACAAGAGCAAUUUGUACCGUGGCGAUAGAGUGGCCCUCAUCUACCGUGAUACUGAAAUCAUUGAAUUCGCUGUCGCACUUUUCGGCUGCUUCAUUGCAGGCGUGGUGGCGGUUCCCAUUAACAGCUUGGAUGAUUACCAGACUCUGAACCUGGUCCUCACUUCUACACAAGCCCACCUGGCCUUGACGACGGAAAACAAUCUGAAGGGAUUCCAACGCGACAUAACAGCCCAGAAACUUAGCUGGCCUCGAGGUGUUGAGUGGUGGAAGACUAAUGAGUUUGGGAGCUUUCACCCAAAGAAGAAAGAUGAUACUCCUCCACUCGUCGUUCCGGAUCUGGCUUACAUUGAAUUCGCCCGCGCACCGACAGGUGAUAUACGAGGUGUUGUAAUGAGCCACCGCACAAUUAUGCACCAGAUGGCUUGUAUCAGUGCCAUCAUUUCUACGAUCCCUUGCGACAGCAGAUACUCGACGAAGGGCGAGACGAUUGUCAGUUAUCUCGAUCCUAGGCAGGGAAUUGGUAUGAUCUUGGGUGUCCUGUUAACAGUUUACGGUGGCCACACAACUGUCUGGCAUGAAGAUCGCGCCGUCGAGACGCCUGGUCUAUAUGCUCAUCUUAUCACGAAGUACCGGGCAACGGUCAUGGCUGCAGACUACUCUGGAUUGAAGAUCUCCGCCUAUAACUAUCAGCAAGACCCCAUGGCCACGCGGCAUUUCAAGAAGAAUGCCGAGCCAAAUUUCAGCAGCGUAAAAAUAUGUUUAAUCGACACCUUGACCUCCGACCCUGAAUUCCAUGAAAUCCUUGCUGAUAGAUGGCUGCGACCUAUGAGGAACCCUCGAGCCCGAGAAAUUGUUGCACCGAUGCUUUGCUUGCCCGAACAUGGGGGCAUGGUCAUCAGUAUGCGCGAUUGGCUCGGUGGUGAGGAGCGAAUGGGAUGCUCUUUGACUCACGAGAUGGAUCCACGUAACAAGAAGGAUGAUGAUUCUUCUGAUGACGAGAAAGAAAAGUCAGAAGCGAACACUGGCUUUGGUAGCAGUCUUCUCGGCGGUGGCUCCCGGAAAUCAGCACCCAAGCAAAGCGCAAAGCACGACCUGAGUGAAGUCCUUCUCGACAAAGAGGCAUUGAAGAGCAAUGAGGUUGUUGUAUUGGCCAUGGGCGAAGACGCUAGGAAAUAUGCUAGCAGUAUGCCCCAUGCCGUCCGUGUGGGUGCCUUCGGCUAUCCUCUUCCGGACGCAACUCUUGCCGUCGUCGAUCCUGAGACGAAUCUUCUAUGUACACCUAAUGUCAUUGGCGAGAUUUGGGUGGAUUCUCCCUCUCUCUCUGGUGGAUUCUGGGCGCUGCCGAAACAUACAGAGGCUAUCUUCCACGCCAGACCUUAUAAGUUUGAAGAUCCUGAACCCGACACCCGAUGCAUCAUCGAGGGCAAAAUAUUCGUCUUGGGCCUGUAUGAGGACAGACUUCGACAAAAGGUUGAAUGGGUCGAGCAUGGCCAAGAGAUUGCUGAGCACCGAUAUUUCUUCGUGCAACACCUAGUUGUGAGCUUGUUGAAGAAGGUACCAAAGAUUCACGACUGCACUGCGUUCGACGUGUUUGUCAACGAUGAACAUUUGCCUGUCAUCGUUCUGGAAUCCUAUGCUGCAUCAACCGCGCCCACUGCAAAUGGCGGCCCUCCGCGUCAACUCGAUUCUGUUCUCCUUGACUCCCUCGCAGAGCGAUGCAUGGAGGUACUUUACCAGGAACACCAUCUUCGCGUGUACUGUGUGCUGCUUACCGCCCCGAACACACUCCCCCGUGUGACGAAGAGUGGUCGUCUCGAGAUCGGUAACAUGUUGUGUCGAAAGGAGUUUGAAGCUGGUACGCUACAGGCCGUCCAUGUUAAGUUUGGCGUCGAACGUUCUGUCCUGAACCUCCCGGUUGGUGUUGACCCUGAGGGUGGCAUUUGGUCGCCACUUGCACUUGCCUCCAGACAAGAUCUUCUCGCCUAUCAAGAGAAACAAUACUCCGGCGUUGACUAUCGCGAUGUGGUCAUGGACGAUCGAACCUCUACACCUCUGAGCAAUUACAAAUCGAUUUCAGAAAUUCUCCAAUGGCGAGUUUCACGACAAGCCGAAGAACUGGCGUAUUGCUCGAUAGACGGUCGCGGCAAAGAGGGCAAGGGAAUUACCUGGAAGAAGUUCGACCUCAAGGUCUCAGCGGUAGCAACUUAUCUGAAGAACAAGGUCAAAGUGCGACCUGGUGAUCAUCUGAUCUUGAUGUACACCCAUUCAGAAGAAUACGUUUAUGCUAUUCACGCAUGCUUCUGCUUGGGUGUUGUGGUCAUUCCUAUGGCCCCUAUUGACCAGAAUCGUAUGGCUGAGGAUGCCCCCGCCUUCCUCCACCUAAUCAAGGACUUCAAUGUGAAGGCUAUCAUUGUCAACACCGAUGUUGACCAUGUCCUGAAGCAGAAGCUUGUCUCGCAGCAUAUCAAGCAAUCUGCUCAAGUUCUCCGUAUUGGAGUUCCAGCUAUCUACAACACAACCAAGCCAUCGAAGCAGUCCCACAGCUGCCGCGAACUUGGUUACACCGUCAAAGACACCUGGCUCCAAGGAAAUGCACCAGCUUUGGUCUGGACUUACUGGACUCCUGAUCAACGACGAAUCUCUGUUCAGAUUGGCCACGACACCAUUCUUGGAAUGUGUAAGGUGCAGAAGGAGACUUGUCAAAUGACAAGCUCUCGACCAGUCCUUGGCAGUGUGCGCAGUACGUUGGGACUUGGCUUUCUCCACACCUGCUUACUGGGUAUCUAUGUUGGUGCACCCACGUACCUUGUUUCGCCCGUCGACUUUGCUGCAAACCCAAUGACUUUGUUCGUGACAUUAUCACGGUAUAAGAUCAAGGACACAUACGCCACUGCCCAAAUGUUAGACCAUGCCAUGUCCACCAUGGCGGCCAAGGGAUUCCAGCUCCAAGAACUCAAGAACUUGAUGAUCUCAGCGGAUGGGCGUCCCAGAAAUGAUAUCUACCAAAAGACGCGCCUGCACUUCGCUUCUGCUGCUCUGGACCGCACUGCGAUUAAUGUGUCUUACUCCCAUGUUCUCAACCCAAUGAUCGCGACGAGGUCUUACAUGUGCAUUGAGCCAAUUGAGUUGGCUCUGGAUAUUCGAAGCCUUCGUCGUGGCCUCAUCUAUCCCGUCGACCCAGAUACAGACCCCACUGCUCUAGUUCUCCAAGAUUCUGGAAUGGUUCCCGUCAACACUCAGAUUGCAAUUGUUAACCCCGAGACCUGCACGCUCUCACAGGUUGGUGAGUAUGGUGAGAUCUGGGUUCAAUCAGAUGCUUGUGCCCAGGGGUUUUAUAGGUCGAAGCAAGAAUUCGAUGCCGAGAGAAUGAAUGGCAGAGUGGUCGACGGAGAUCCGACUGUUCCUUACGUCCGGACGGGAGACUUGGGUUUUCUUCACACAGUAACGCGACCUAUUGGCCAUGGCGGACAACCCGUUGAGAUGCAGGUUCUCUUUGUUCUUGGGGGUAUUGGCGAGACCUUUGAAGUCAAUGGCCUCAACCACUUCCCUAUGGAUAUCGAGAACUCUGUUGAAAAGUUGCCAUCUUCCAAGCGGGGGGGUUUAAUCGUCUGCGUCGUUGAAGUCACUAGAAAGUCGUUCCUGGCCUCCCUGGUGCCCGUCAUUGUGGAUGUCAUCCUGAAUGAGCACCAGGUGGUUGCUGAUAUAGUUGCUUUUGUGUCCCAUGGUGAUUUCCCACGCUCCCGUCUCAGUGAGAAACAGCGUGGAAAGGUUCUAGGCUCUUGGGUGUCGCGUAAACUGCGAACACUGGCUCAAUUCAGCAUCCGCGACCUAGGCAACAGUCCAUUUGGAGACAUGCAGCUGGCGCAGCAACGUCGUGCCAGCCGAAGCUCUAAACCUGGAAGCAUCAUGGGCAACAGCACCCGUCUAUCUACAAUGCACGAUGGUGAUGUCCCACCUGUCCCAUCUUCCCCUGGCCUCUCUCCCGGACUCACACCUGGAGCCGUUACCCUCGAGGACACGGUGACACCUCAGCCUGAAGGCUCGUCCCCUGCCCCUGUCGAUCUCCAGAAGACACCCUUGUCACAGGUCCCGCCGAGGAAAAAGCUCCCUGAGCUUGAUACCGGCACUGACCGCACAGUCUCCAAGACUCCAGUCCCUGAGCCGCUUUCUGCCGUACCGUACAUCCAAGAGCCACAAUCGGCCACUUUUGUGACCGAGGAUGAUGACCAUGACUACCACGAGCCAGGUCACGAAGAGCCCACAUCGGCUCAAAGCCGAGAUUUCCGAUUUAGUUUCGAAAUGACAAGCACGCCACUCGACAAUACUCCCCUGGGCAUGUCAGCUCAGCAACAGCCAGCAUCUGCAGCAUCGGCGUCUCAUCCCGACCAUGGAGAGCAGCAUGGUACAGGCUUUGCAGUCACAAGCCCUUCUCAUGACGACUAUCGCCCUGGUACGCAGGAGAGCGGCAUUAUCGAUGACUGGCAACGGACAGCCAUCAUGUACCAGUCCGCUUUAGACGAUGCCGAUACUCACGACACUUCCCACCACCCCCACGCAAUCUAA